GCCCUCCCUGCCCACUCCCCUUUUUAAUGGAUCCCAGGAAAGGUAGAAGCCCUAAGCUGUGUCUGGCUGGAUAGAGGGUCCUUACCCCCUUCACCACUGAUCAAAAAGAAGCAGCAAGAAGUAGUGGGCUUUUUAGAAGCCAACAAGAUUGACUUUCAACAAAUGGACAUAGCCGGUGAUGAAGACAACAGGAAAUGGAUGAGAGAGAAUGUCCCAGGUGAAAAAAAGCCUCAAAAUGGAAUUCCUCUCCCUCCACAGAUCUUCAAUGAGGAGCGAUAUUGUGGGGAUUUUGAGUCCUUUUUCUCGGCUAAAGAAGAAAAUGUUAUUUAUUCAUUCCUGGGUCUUGCUCCUCCUCCAGGCACAAAGGAAACGGAGAAGUCUGAUGCUACAGAUGAAACUGAGGCACACACAGAAGACAAGGCAGGUGAAGGGGCUCAUGAAGAUGAUCAGCCUGCUCAGUCACCAACAGAAGAUCAACAGGAAAGCAAGGAAGAACAUGCAGCACCAGAGGGUGAAGAAGUAAAGCAGGAAGAGGGAGAAGUAAAGCAGGAAGAGGGAGAAGGAAAGCAGGAAGAGGGAGAAGAAAAGCUGGAAGAGGCAGAAGAAAAGCAGGAAGAGGCAGAGGAGCAAGAAGAGUCUUAGUUCACUUCCCUAUGACACAUUCUUUCUUGAACAGGUUUUCAGGAAGCAUAAACUGGAGAACCCCCAUCAAAGAAAACAGAAUCAUUCUCUUAAGCAUACCUUCACUGCCUAUUAUGCCUACAGCCUUAGGAACAUAUGAAAGCAGAGCAGUACAAAGACACUGCCCUGCCUUAGUAUAUAUAUUUGGUAUUAUAAUUGCUUGUUAAAAAAAAAUAGAAGUCUUCUUAUACCUGAUGUGAUAUUUCAGUUGAUUGUUAUAUGUCAGAAUAGUAUUGUCCAUGUCACAUUUUAGCUUGUAAGCUCCUCAGGGCCGGAACCAUGUCUUCCUCCACGCUUAUAUAUGGCUAAACACAUUACUGCCACUCAACAGGUCACUGCACUCACACAAGUGAUGUAUUCAGAGAAGAAAGAAUUCAGCACUGGCAACUGCAAAGAGGCUUCAAUACAGAUACAAGAUAUGUGAGUCACUUCUCUCUCAGCUGGCUUUUGAAAAUGAUUGAGACUUCCGUUGUACAGCCAUUUAAAUAAACACAUUUUCUGUCA